CCGCGCGGAGUCCGCGCGUCAGUCGGUCCAGAGCGCGACUGCGGGGCGGCGGGCUGCAGACAGCGGGGCGCGCGGCCCGGGGGAGGCGACGGUGUCGCGGGAGGAGCAUCGGAGCCCGGAGACUCGAAGAACGCCAUGGCCCCCAUUGGCCUCAAGGCGGUGGUCGGAGAGAAGAUCAUGCAUGAUGUGAUCAAGAAGGUGAAAAAGAAGGGCGAGUGGAAGGUGCUGGUGGUGGACCAGUUAAGCAUGAGGAUGCUGUCCUCCUGCUGCAAGAUGACAGACAUCAUGACCGAAGGAAUCACAAUUGUGGAGGAUAUCAACAAGCGCCGAGAGCCACUCCCCAGCCUGGAGGCUGUGUACCUCAUCACCCCGUCUGAGAAGUCUGUCCACUCUCUCAUCAGUGAUUUUAAGGACCCGCCGACUGCUAAAUAUCGGGCCGCACAUGUGUUCUUCACAGACUCAUGUCCAGAUGCCCUGUUUAACGAGUUGGUAAAAUCCCGAGCAGCCAAAGUCAUCAAGACGCUGACGGAAAUCAACAUCGCAUUUCUCCCCUAUGAGUCCCAGGUGUACUCCCUGGAUUCCGCUGACUCUUUCCAAAGCUUCUACAGCCCUCACAAGGCUCAGAUGAAGAAUCCUAUACUGGAACGCCUGGCAGAGCAGAUCGCAACCCUGUGUGCCACCCUGAAGGAGUACCCAGCUGUGCGGUAUCGGGGGGAGUACAAGGACAAUGCCUUGCUGGCUCAGCUGAUCCAGGACAAGCUGGAUGCUUAUAAAGCUGAUGACCCAACAAUGGGGGAGGGUCCCGACAAGGCACGGUCCCAGCUCCUGAUCCUCGAUCGUGGCUUUGACCCCAGCUCCCCUGUGCUUCAUGAACUGACAUUUCAGGCUAUGAGUUACGACCUGCUGCCUAUCGAAAAUGAUGUUUACAAGUAUGAGACCAGCGGCAUUGGAGAGGCUCGGGUGAAGGAGGUGCUUCUGGAUGAGGAUGAUGACCUGUGGAUUGCACUUCGACACAAGCACAUCGCAGAGGUGUCCCAGGAAGUCACCCGGUCUCUGAAGGACUUUUCCUCUAGCAAGAGGAUGAAUACUGGAGAGAAGACUACCAUGCGGGACCUGUCCCAGAUGCUGAAGAAAAUGCCCCAGUACCAGAAGGAGCUCAGCAAGUACUCGACUCACCUACACCUUGCUGAAGACUGUAUGAAGCAUUACCAAGGCACCGUGGACAAACUCUGCCGCGUGGAGCAGGACUUGGCAAUGGGCACAGAUGCUGAGGGGGAAAAAAUCAAGGACCCCAUGAGAGCCAUUGUCCCCAUCCUGCUGGAUGCCAACGUCAGCACUUAUGACAAAAUCCGUAUCAUCCUUCUCUACAUCUUCCUGAAGAACGGUAUCACUGAGGAGAACCUAAACAAACUCAUCCAGCAUGCCCAGAUCCCCCCAGAGGACAGUGAGAUCAUCACCAACAUGGCUCACCUCGGUGUGCCCAUUGUCACAGACUCUACACUACGCCGCCGAAGCAAGCCAGAACGGAAGGAGCGCAUCAGUGAGCAGACCUACCAGCUCUCACGAUGGACCCCGAUCAUUAAAGACAUUAUGGAGGACACUAUUGAAGACAAACUGGAUACAAAGCACUACCCGUACAUCUCUACCCGUUCCUCUGCAUCCUUCAGCACCACUGCUGUGAGCGCCCGCUAUGGACACUGGCACAAGAAUAAGGCCCCCGGGGAGUACCGCAGUGGUCCCCGCCUCAUUAUUUUCAUCCUUGGGGGUGUAAGCCUGAAUGAGAUGCGCUGUGCUUAUGAAGUGACCCAGGCCAACGGCAAGUGGGAAGUGCUGAUAGGAUCCACACACAUUCUCACCCCACAGAAACUGCUGGACACGCUGAAGAAGCUGAAUAAAACAGAUGAAGAAAUAAGCAGUUAAAAAAUAAGCUGCCCCUCCAAAACCCUGGCUCCCUUCCCACAAUGCUGUGCAGCUCCCCAGUGCGACACCUCGGUUACUCUGCUGCCUCCCCAGCCCUGCACGCCCUGGCCACCCCGUUGCCACACUGAGGUCUUCUCCUGUGCGAUGACACCCCAUCUUGUCCUCUGAAAAGCAAGAGAGUAAUGUGUUGUUUUUUAAAAAUGAAUAUCUUCUGUCCGUAUCCCACAGUAAGUUCACAUGCGAGCUCCACACCACAGAAGCGUCAGAACUCUGGACCAAGUGGACUCUCCCUUAUUUAUGACCCCGUGACCUGUAUAUAGCCCUGUACCACGUGUGCACAUUGCUUGAGUAUGGGAAGGUAGACGUGUGGGUGUUUCUCAGAGCUUUGUUUGGGCUCCUUUCUGUUCUCGUUGGGAAUCAUAAGGUGUCUGUCCCCGGAUAUGACAUGCUGAGGAAGCCAGGUUUCUCCCUGGUCCCUGCUCACUCCCUGUUCUCAGAAGCUGAGAAGCAGUGAGCAGACACCUCUGGAGGCCGGUGUGGAACGAGCCUCCUCUCUGCAGCUGUGGGUGGAGGCUCAGGGUGUCCACAGGAAGCCAGUCUGAGUGCCAGCCAGUAUCAUCUCCAGAGCCUGACACUGCUUUCCCUGACCUGUGUCCACACUGUUGUAACAAGUCCUCCAGGCUAAAUCAGCAUGCCUAGCACCCUCAGGUCCUCAAGAGUUAGGGAUGACCAGCCCCCUUCCUUCCCAAGGCUUAAUUUGAACACAGCCUGGAUGGAGGUCAAGGGUCAGGAGUGAACUGGCAGAUGUGAGUUUGGCACUCUGGUCAAAGGGUGCUUUGCUAUAGAAGCUAGGCCUGAGGAAUGGGAGCAUGCUGCUCAGUCAGAAUAUCUUCAGUUUAAGAAACUUCAUCAAUCUUACUUUUGUGUAGUGUACAGUCAUGUGUCAUUGUGGUUGUAUGAAAAGGAUCAUUUUAUUCUUUGUAUUAGUCAUCACUGUAUAAAACAUAGCUAGCUAUAAAGCAGAAGUUCCAGAAGCCAAUGCUGGAAGGAUGGUCUCCACCUUCAGGAGGCAGCAGCUCCCUGAGCAUGCCGCUCACCCUGCUGCUGUAGUUGUGAAACAAAGACAGUGGAAGUCACAAAAAUGUCCCCAGCCCAGCUCCCACCUCUCCCUCCCGCAGACUUGUAUGUAUUACUGUGUCUCGUGCUGUCUUCGCAAACGUGGUGUACGCCUGCCGCAGGUGUCCUGUGCCCUCCUCCCUCCCUGGCUCUAGAAUCUCUCUCCUCUCCUUAGUUCUCAGGCCUCUCUCCUGCCCCCUCUCCAGUGAGCCUUUUCCCUUAGGACUGAACCGUAGUAGCACUGAUUGAUUUCUUCUGUAGCCGCUUCUUCCGUCCCUUCCCUCUGGUCAAGCAAUGCUCAUGCUUCAGGACCUUGUUUGUCGAACAUGUGGGGUUUCCUUUAUGUUAUUUAUAUAAAUAAUUUCUCAAAUGGAUAUUUAAAAAAAGGCUAGUCUGUCUUGAAACUUGUUAACUUGAAACUCUUGAAUCUCAGUGUUUAAAGUGUGGAAGCACAACCGUGUACCGCUCUGUACCGUCCUGUACUGCAGCAUUUGAGUCUAAUAAAGACGUCAGCUCUCACUCAUGGUGCCUGGGCCCACUGCAGAGCUGGUUUUACUUUGGGGACUAUAGAGGAGCCCAGCCACCCCACAGCUGCUGCUUAGAGUCUUCUGGAUCCAGGGGAUUGUGGCUUGCACUGCAUCUGUACCCAUCCUUCGUCUGGGGACAAAGCUUGGCUCUAGCCUCAGGCAGCAAAAAGAUGCUGCCUCAGUGGGCAUCCACCUUUAGUCCCAGUACUUGGGAGGCAGAGGCAGGGGGCUCUCUUUUGAGUUCAGCCAGUCAGGUCUACAUAAUUAGUUCCAAGGCAACAUAGUGAGACACUGUCUCAAAUGAAUGAAUAAAUAAAAAUAAAUAAG